UACCGCAGCAGAUUGACAACAAUAGAUGUAAUUUCAUUUUUCAUCAAGCGAAGUUUACAGCAGUGUGAUUUGUUCAACUCAGCAUUCUGGAUUUCUCAGUUGAUAGGCUUGUAUCGAGGGAUCUAUUUUAGUAAAUAUUAUAUGAAGAGUGUUGGAAAGAGAAAUGCAUAACAAUUCCAGUAGCGGGGUCCAGUCAAGGACUAUAAGCAUAGUCUCUUGUAUUGUGCUUUCAGAGGCCAUGAUCAUCGUAGUAGCCAACACAUUAGCACUGGCUGUUUUCUUGAGAAAGACAUUUCGCAUCAAAAAGUCGAACUAUCUACUCUUAAACUUAACAGUGGCUGAUUUAUUGGUAGGACUGUCGCUGAUAGUUUCAGAAACUGAUGAAGUUGCAAGUUUUAAGUCUGGUGUAUUCAAGACUACCUGUACAUUAUUUAACGUUAUAUCAACCGACGGAUCUCUGUUCUCUUUUACAGGAAUUGCUAUUGAGAGAGCAUAUGCGGUCUUAGCGCCUCUCAAACAUCGUCUUCUUGGAAACAAGCCUUACAUUAUUGUCAUUUUCCUGGUUUGGGUUGCUGCGAGUGUAGUUAACUUGGGGGUAAUCAUAAUAUUAAUAAACGAACAAGCAAUCGGAAGUAUUCUGGUUAACCUUAAAAUGGCCGUUACUUUUAUUUCUCUUGUUGUUGUGUUCUUGUGUUAUCUGGCCAUCUGGAUCAAGGUGAAAUUUGAUAAAUCUCUUCCAAACGGAAGACAAGCCAAGAGAAGCACCAAACUGACAUUCACACUCUUUAUUGUAACGCUUGUGUCUCUGGUUUGCUAUCUACCCACUAUUACCUUGGUUGUUUUACAUAUAGAUUGGUUACACAAAGAUGGAACUAGAAAAUUGUUUUAUCCGGUGUUAGUGUUACUAUACGCCAAUUCAUUUGUUAACUUUAUAAUUUACUCCGUCCGAAUGCCUGAGUUCAAGAAAGAAUUGUUCAAGAUUUUCAGAAAUUUCCUUCCGUUGUGUGCGCAAUCAUCUCAAGAAGAAUUCCCCAGUUACUUACAGCAUAUGGAGAGCAGAGGUCAGCCCUCACUGAUUAUGGUAAAUAUGGUACGAUCAAGUUAAAACGAAAUCACAACCUCUCAGAAGACACCAUCUUGUUAACUCUAGCCCUAGCCCUGUAGCAUGUUACAUUACUUAACCAUUUUGAUCGAAAAUAUCGCAGAUGCCAGCUUUCAAAAGAGCCAAUCGAAAUAGAUGCUUUCCCACUGUUAGGAUGACAAGAAGCGUCUGACAAAUGGCUCUGUAAGUGAGACCCGACAUUUACCUUAUGGGCUUUCGGUCUCGACUGAGAGAAGAGAUGAGUCUUCAUUAGCUUUAGUGCUCUCCCUGUCCUGGUCCCUUCACCGGGAUAGCGGAGUUUCUUUAUCCCUUCAACAGUUUCCUGCAGACUCGUGUACUUGCCGAACGGAAUAGGCACGGACGCAAAGGUCGAAUACAAGCCGACGCCGACCCGAGUCUGAGACGAAGCAAUUCCGAAUCCCGAGGCUAUUCGCUGUGUGAAGUCGAGCAUUCGCUUGAAGUUACCACAUGCCGAUGCUUCGAUGCUGCGAGAGCCGUCGACGAUAAAACCCAGUUCUACUUGACCAUAGCAACCUGAAGUACAUAACAUCGUGUCAACGUGCGAGCUCAAAACUUCAAUAGUGUUGUCGGAAUAUUAUAAGACCGCAACUCCAUCGACUAGUCACAAUCAUUCAUCUCCAUGGCCAUACCAAGAUUAUCGCAUCUAUCAUGCCGCCAUCCUAAUCACCAUCAUCAUCAUCACAGUCAUAAAGUAUCUCUGUCAUCAUCACCAUAAAAAUCGAGUUAUACUCUCUGUGGAAUCGUGGACCGCCACUGAGAAUAUUAACUCUCUUGAUCUACCCUACUUACAUCAUAAUCACUAUAUUAUCAUAAUGACAUAAUUCAUAAUAUCAUUAUUAUCAUUAUAAUCAUUAGCAUCUUAGUCAUCUGCCACGGCAUAACAAUCAAGUUACACACUCUCUUCAGAAUUGUAGUAGUAUAUUAAACUACGCAAACUGUACAACAUCUGAUCGACAUUUGAUCACAUCUAUCACUCUGGUAAAAAGCGUAUAAAAAUAAGAAUUAGGGAGCUAAAGGACAUCAGACCUUCUUGAUACGUUCGUUUAGUACAAAGCCUGAUUUUGCCUUCUAUGUCAUACUUUUUAUAUUCAUUCCUACAUUUGUUCUUACUUACGGUUAUAGGGCUCCACAAGUUCAACACCAUAAGCCUUCCUUGCCAACAUGAACGAAAUAAUCGCCGCUAACAGAAGAAAACUUGACAUCUUCAUUUUUCAGGGGACGUGUUGUCUCAAUUUUUUUGAACAAGCCACCGUCAAAUAUUCAAUUCAUUUGUAAGUCUAUUUUCUGGUUCUUUGGAUUGUUUACGAAUACAGGCUGUUUGUAUUUGAGAAAACGCAAAUUUUAUUUUGGUUGUACAGCAUGUGGCCCGAAUACUAAAAUUACAACCUUUCCAGUAAAGGGGGAAAUUGAAACUUUUAUUAAUUGAUUAAAGUAUUAUUGAUAAC